AUAUGCAAAACGAUAUUGCCUAUUAUGUAGUAAUCACUAUUGGAAACCAAGAAUUCAAAGUUAUUUUAGAUACCGGGUCUUCAGAUCUCUGGAUUCCAAAUAAGGAUUGUACAUCAAUUUCUUGUCAAAAUCAUAAUAAAUUCGAUCCAAGUAAAUCAAAAACUUUUAUAAAAGAAGGUAAUCCUUGGUCUAUACAAUAUGACAGUGGCUUUGCCUCUGGUAUUACCGGAAUAGAUAAUAUUAAAAUUGGAUGCUUUACUGCUGAUAAACAAAUUUUUGGCCUUGCAAAUGAUGUACCCGACGUUAUUGAAUUCCUUGAAUUUGAUGGAAUUUUAGGUCUAGGUUUUGACAGUUUGAACACCAUUGAUAAUGGCUCUCCAACUUUAAUCUCUACUUUGAUUCAACAAAUGAAAAUUAGACCAAUUUUUAGUUUUCAUUUUCAACAUGCUUCAAGUCCCGAAGAUCGAGGAAUUUUUGUUUUGGGUGGUAUUGAUAAUCAAAGAUCGCCAUUCAUACCUGAAGAAUCACCACCACUU